AUGAAAACAUCCCAAUCAGCUCAUCUUGAUCUUUUGAUCUCCUUCCUCCCUUCCUUCCCUCAACUCUAUUCACUUCAACCUCUCCCACCACUCUCCUCCCUUCCCUCUGCCCUUCCCUCCGCCCUUCCCUCCGCCCUUCCCUCCUCCCUUCCCUCCGCCCUUCCCUCCUCCCUUCCCUCCUCCCUUUCCUCCUCCCUUCCCUCCGCCCUUCCCUCCUCCCUUCCCUCCUCCCUUCCCUCUGCCCUUCCCUCCGCCCUUCCCUCCUCCCUUCCCUCCUCCCUUCCCUCCUCCCUUCCCUCCUCCCUUCCCUCCUCCCUUCCCUCCUCCCUUCCCUCCGCCCUUCCCUCCUCCCUUCCCUCCUCCCUUCCCUCCUCCCUUCCCUCCGCCCUUCCCUCCGCCCUUCCCUCCUCCCUUCCCUCCUCCCUUCCCUCCUCCCUUCCCUCCGCCCUUCCCUCCUCCCUUCCCUCCUCCCUUCCCUCCGCCCUUCCCUCCUCCCUUCCCUCCGCCCUUCCCUCCUCCCUUCCCUCCGCCCUUCCCUCCUCCCUUCCCUCCGCCCUUCCCCCCAACCACAGGUUCGACUCAGAUCUAACGGAAGAGGACAACAAGGCAGGCGCAUGUCGGCUUUCUGGAUGGCUACAAGUCCGUGAAGCCGCUCCUCAUUCCGCUGCUCCUCAUUCCGCUGCUCCUCAUUCCGCCGCUCCUCAUUCCGCCGCUCCUCAUUCCGCCGCUCCUCAUUCCGCCGCUCCUCAUUCCGCCGCUCCUCAUUCCGCCGCUCCUCAUUCCGCUGCUCCUCAUUCCGCUGCUCCUCAUUCCGCUGCUCCUCAUUCCGCUGCUCCUCAUUCCGCUGCUCCUCAUUCCGCUGCUCCUCAUUCCGCUGCUCCUCAUUCCGCUGCUCCUCAUUCCGCUGCUCCUCACUCCGCUGCUCCUCACUCCGCUGCUCCUCACUCUACUGCGCCUCAAGCUCUCAGCAACCUCUCUUGUUUGCCCCUCUGUUCCCAUUGCUCCCUCUCAGGUGCACCGUGGCUUUCUGAACAGCUACAAGUCCGUGACGCCGCGCCUCAUUCCGCUGCUCAAAGCAAUCCUCUCCUCCUCCAACGAAAAGUGAGUUUCGAGCCAACGUAUCACAUCAUGGUCACGGGGCACAGCCUGGGGGCCGCUCUCUCCACGAUCUUCACAUAUGACCUGGCCCAGUCCGACUUCAAGAAGUGA